CGAGGAAGAACUCAUUCUGUCAUAGUGUUUUUAUGGGAAGUUAUUUCUGAAACAGGGAGACAAUGUAAUUUUGAAAUGCAUCAAGGAAACGCACCUUUUCCAUCAAGGAAAAGAUUUCUGUAAGAGGACCAUUCCAUUCUUACGAAAGCAGCUCUUCACAAAAGUUUUGGGACACAAAAAUUGUUUUAUAUGAAAUAAACGCGUUCCUUUGGAGAGGGGAUUGGUUACGAAGUUGUCACAACGUGUUAGAGAGAAGGAGAAGCAGUUAGAUCGUUAGAUUGUGAGAGUGGAGAGUUGAAAUGGGUCGUAGAAGAUCCAAGCGAAAGCCAGCUCCUAAAAGAAGACAGGAUCCACUGGACAAGCAAUUUAACUGUCCCUUUUGUAAUCACGAGAAGUCUUGCGAAGUAAGAAUGUAAGUUUGGUGCCCAGACAAAACAGGACAAUCACCAUUGAUUGCUGCGCUCAAAUUUGGGUUCUUUUGAAGGAACGUUCGCAUUUGAUUGCGAGUCUCUUUGUAGCUUUACGUUAAUUUUUUUUUUAGUAGCUCCUACUAGUAUUUGUAGUAUUAUUUCUACGUGUUGACAGUGAAGUGUGCUAACAAGUUUUUACUGUUUCAACCCGUGGUGUUGAGAGAGGUCUUCACCAUAAGAUUUCGUGUGUAGAUUUUGGGAUUUGGAACUUCUGGUUGUAAAAUUCAGAUGAAAAUCUCUGGCUUUUUAACAGAGAUACCCUAAUCUUCCCAUUAAUUCUGAAAGAUUUCCUUCUCUUGUUCCCAACCAGUGACUAAAGUUGAUUAUGUUACAAUUGUGUACGUGUGAAAGAAGUUAUUUUUCUGUCUUCCAUCAGGGAUCGGGUUCGUAAUACUGGACAUAUAUCCUGUCGGGUUUGUUUAGAAGAUUUUCAGACAUCUAUUACUUGUAUCCUUGCUAUACACAAUUAUUUUAACAGCUGUAAAACAAAACCAGUGUAGCCAAGUAUUUUACAGGAGUAGUGGAGUGUGAAUCUGGUAGUUACAAUAUACAACCUUGCCACUCUUUAGACUUAUUCUUAGUUGUUUCAAGUUCAACCUUUUGGCCAAACUUCAGAACUAGACUUUUAACUGGGUAGUUUAAUAUUAUCAACUGGGUUGAUAACAUAAAUUGGCUACUGUAAAGAGUUUGAAAGCUGAUGUUUUGAGCAUUAGCCUAUUGUCAGAGCUCUCUAGAAAGCAGCAUGUGGGAUUUUCCAAUUUGAUCAGUAAAGAUACUAUGUACAUGUUACUUUGGAUGGAGACCCACCUUAAACAUGUGCAAAAUCAUUUUGUGACUCUUUUGUAAUGCUGCGUACAGUGGCAUCUGUCCUCUCUGAAACUUUAAUUUCAGGGUCACAAGUUUGGCCUUGGCUGAAAAAGUACUAAUAACCUUGUUUCAGACUUUCCAAUUAAAGAGCUACUAAAAACUAAUUUCUCCAUAAAACAUUGCCAUGCAUAGAGGUAACAACAAGAAGAAAAUAUCAAACAAGGGGUUAUUGUUUAAUUCAACACCAACUUCUUUUGAGCUUAACUAAUCACAAGAAAAGUAUGGCAGACAGUCAUGAGAAUUGUUUUUGAGGUCCUGGGACUAGAAAAGAUCAUCAACCUCUUCUGAAGGGAGACCUCUCAUUGAAGGCACUUGUCUCUGUAUCUUUUCCUAGUCAUCUUCCCCUAAACCAACUAGAUUAGUUUUUACAUUUUGAAAUUAUUUGUUUUUCCAGUUUGAAGUGUGACUUCCAAUGAUUUAUAAAUCAUGAAGAGUGAUUUUCCUUAAUAGUUCGGAAGAUCUUUCAGAGCCAGUGGAUGUAUACAGUGACUGGAUCGAUGCCUGUGAAAGUGCCAACCAGUAGACAUGUAUCAUAACCAUUUGUGCAAUCAAAUUGAACUUCUUACAUGUCAUUCUGUGGUUUGUGAAGUGAAAAGUUGAUUGGAAUACAGGAAGAAAGUGGAAAUUAAUGGAUCUUAACUGAAGUGGAAAAAGGAGACGUGUCAAGCCAUAAGGAGAAAGUUGUCUGAAGAUGUGUAUUAUACUUCAAUUGAAACAACUCCAUCAAAUCAGACAUUUCUGUAAAUAUUGUACAAAGUUCCCAAAUUCUUGUAAGUCCUCUUUAUAUGAAAAUUUCUCUAUAACUGAUAAUACGGUAAUAUUCAAUUUGUUGUUAAUAGCAAUCUGCAGUUAUUCUGUUUUCGUUUUACUACUCUCUUUAACCAGUCUAAAAAACUCACUUCACUAUUUUGGUUAAUUAGAGUAAAAAAAGUGAUACCAUUCACAAUCACAUAAAUUUUACAAUUAAGUCUGAGCCUCUUCUUAUGGAG